GCCCAAAUAGUUUUCAGGUUAAGAAAGCCAGAAUCUUUGUUCAGCCACACUGACUGAACAGACUUUUAGUGGGGUUACCUGGCUAACAGCAGCAGCGGCAACGGCAGCAGCAGCAGCAGCGGCAGCAGCAGCAACAGCAGCAGGGCUCCUGGGAUAACUCAGGCAUAGUUCAACACUAUGGGUCCUCCUCUGAAGCUCUUCAAAAACCAGAAAUACCAGGAACUGAAGCAGGAAUGCAUCAAAGACAGCAGACUUUUCUGUGAUCCAACAUUUCUGCCUGAGAAUGAUUCUCUUUUCUACAACCGACUGCUUCCUGGAAAGGUGGUGUGGAAACGUCCCCAGGACAUCUGUGAUGACCCCCAUCUGAUUGUGGGCAACAUUAGCAACCACCAGCUGACCCAAGGGAGACUGGGGCACAAGCCAAUGGUUUCUGCAUUUUCCUGUUUGGCUGUUCAGGAGUCUCAUUGGACAAAGACAAUUCCCAACCAUAAGGAACAGGAAUGGGACCCUCAAAAAACAGAUAAAUAUGCUGGGAUAUUUCGCUUUCGUUUCUGGCAUUUUGGAGAAUGGACUGAAGUGGUGAUUGACGACUUGUUGCCCACCAUUAACGGAGAUCUGGUCUUCUCUUUCUCCACCUCCAUGAAUGAGUUUUGGAAUGCUCUGCUGGAGAAAGCUUAUGCAAAGCUGCUAGGCUGUUAUGAGGCCUUGGAUGGUUUGACCAUCACUGAUAUUAUUGUGGACUUCACGGGCACAUUGGCUGAAACUGUUGACAUGCAGAAAGGAAGAUACACGGAGCUUGUUGAGGAGAAGUACAAGCUAUUUGGAGAACUGUACAAAACAUUUACCAAAGGUGGUCUGAUCUGCUGUUCCAUUGAGUCUCCCAAUCAGGAGGAGCAAGAAGUUGAAACUGAUUGGGGUCUGCUGAAGGGCCAUACCUAUACCAUGACCGAUAUUCGCAAAAUUCGUCUUGGAGAGAGACUUGUGGAAGUCUUCAGUGCUGAGAAGCUGUAUAUGGUUCGCCUGAGAAACCCCUUGGGAAGACAGGAAUGGAGUGGCCCCUGGAGUGAAAUUUCUGAAGAGUGGCAGCAACUGACUGCAGCAGAUCGCAAGAACCUGGGGCUUGUUAUGUCUGAUGAUGGAGAGUUUUGGAUGAGCUUGGAGGACUUUUGCCGCAACUUUCACAAACUGAAUGUCUGCCGCAAUGUGAACAACCCUAUUUUUGGCCGAAAGGAGCUGGAAUCAGUGUUGGGAUGCUGGACUGUGGAUGAUGAUCCCCUGAUGAACCGCUCAGGAGGCUGCUAUAACAACCGUGAUACCUUCCUGCAGAAUCCCCAGUACAUCUUCACUGUCCCUGAGGAUGGGCACAAGGUCAUUAUGUCACUGCAGCAGAAGGACCUGCGCACUUACCGCCGAAUGGGAAGACCUGACAAUUACAUCAUUGGCUUUGAGCUCUUCAAGGUGGAGAUGAACCGCAAAUUCCGCCUCCACCACCUCUACAUCCAGGAGCGUGCUGGGACUUCCACCUAUAUUGACACCCGCACAGUGUUUCUGAGCAAGUACCUGAAGAAGGGCAACUAUGUGCUUGUCCCAACCAUGUUCCAGCAUGGUCGCACCAGCGAGUUUCUUCUGAGAAUCUUCUCUGAAGUGCCUGUCCAGCUCAGGGAACUGACUCUGGACAUGCCCAAAAUGUCCUGCUGGAACCUGGCUCGUGGCUACCCGAAAGUAGUUACUCAGAUCACUGUUCAUAGUGCUGAGGACCUGGAGAAGAAGUAUGCCAAUGAAACUGUAAACCCAUAUUUGGUCAUCAAAUGUGGAAAGGAGGAAGUCCGUUCUCCUGUCCAGAAGAAUACAGUUCAUGCCAUUUUUGACACCCAGGCCAUUUUCUACAGAAGGACCACUGACAUUCCUAUUAUAGUACAGGUCUGGAACAGCCGAAAAUUCUGUGAUCAGUUCUUGGGGCAGGUUACUCUGGAUGCUGACCCCAGCGACUGCCGUGAUCUGAAGUCUCUGUACCUGCGUAAGAAGGGUGGUCCAACUGCCAAAGUCAAGCAAGGCCACAUCAGUUUCAAGGUUAUUUCCAGCGAUGAUCUCACUGAGCUCUAAAUCUCCAAUCUCAAAGAAUCCUGACAAAGCUUGCCACCCUUUUAUUUUCCGUCAGGUGCCAGGUCUUAGUUAAGAUUCACAAUCUUUAGAAAGAAUGAGAUUCACAAUAAUUAACUCUUCCUCUCUUCUGAUAAAUUCCCCAUACCUCCCAAUCCAAGUAGCAUCAGUAGCUACAUAACCUAUAUACCUCCAGCAGCUGGACAUGGGGAGGCGACAGUCCUAUCUAGACAUCAUACACAUUUGCCAAGAAAGGAUCUCUGGGGCUUCCGG